AUGGAUCAUCUCGUAUGUAACGGGUUUCAUGUAUAUAAAUUCUUAUGCUUUCCCAGAGAAACCUCUGAUAUCGUUCGACGGAAACAUGUUCCUUUUUCUCCAGAAGAGCGAUGGUUUUCUUUAUUAUGGCUACCUCAAAUCAGUUACUACAAUUCUAAAAAUAAAAACCUAAAUGAAGAAGUGGCAGUUAAUAUUAAUAUCAAGUUUCCUUUGUCGCCGUCGGAAAAAAUAAUUGGUCUCACUAUUGUACUAUUGGUUGAUGUUACCUUGUUGCGUUUUUACAAUAGGCUAGAAAAGGUUCCAGUAUUUAUAAACAAAGUUUUUCGGUCACAUACUAGUGGAUUUCUAUAUUCCGGGGACAUUUUGUGCUUUCGGAAAUACUUGUUACCUUCUACACAAGCUAGUACUUAUUAUGAAACCAAAACGAUUCCAAGCAAAAUCUUUGAGCUAUCAUCAAACAUCUCAAGAGCUGGAUACUACUUACUUGAAGAUAGAAUAAGUGUACCUAUAAUACGCGAAAGUUUUUCAAGUACUUUUGACAUAGAACUCUCUGUGUACUCCUCCUCUCUAAGAAUCAGUGCUAAUCCAGGAUUUUGGUAUACCAUCAAAUUUGCAUGGGUUCAAUAUUUAUCAAUUGGUUUAGUGAUUUUUUAUUUAGCUGAAAAAAUGAGAGGAUACAUUUACGAUAAACAAAUAGUCAGAACAAUUGUAAAGUCAACCAUUCCAAAAUCUUUGGAUCAAUGA